UCACCCUUCACGGAAGUCAGCAAUGGUGAUGGUGGCGGCCUCGUCAGCCUAGCAGCAGGAAGAGGAUGUUUGCGUCCAGUAAAAGAAUAAUAUCACCUGAUUAUAAGUCUUUAUAACAGAGUAAACCGACGUAGAGUUUUUCUGUUGAGUCUGCUGGGGUUCAGACAGCACAUUCCCUUACUGGAGCCGGCCUAUGUGAGUUUGAAGCAGGGCGCUGGAUAAAAUGUCCCUUUUCCAGUCGGCACUGGAUUUCCUAGCCGGCCCCGGCUCGUCCGGAGCGGCCAGCCGGGACCAGAAUGAUUUCGUCGGACAAGUCGUUGAGCUUGGUGACUUGAAACUGAGGAUCAAGAGGGUGAUCGCGGAAGGUGGAUUUGCCUUUGUGUAUGAAGCCCAGGACAUGAGCAGUGGUAAAGACUAUGCCCUCAAGAGGCUGCUGUCGCAUGAAGAAGAAAAGAACAAGGAAAUCAUACAGGAAGUCUGCUUCAUGAAAAAGCUGUCCGGUCAUCCCAACAUGGUUCAGUUCUGCUCUGCCGCCUCCAUCAGUAAGGAGGAGUCGGACACCGGGCAGGCCGAGUUCCUGAUCCUCACCGAGUUGUGUAAAGGUCAGCUGGUGGACUUUAUAAAGCGAGUAGAGCAGAGGGCUCUCCUGUCCUGUGACACUGUGCUGAAAAUCUUCUACCAGACGUGCCGCGGCGUGCAGCACAUGCACAAACAGAAGCCUCCAAUCACACACAGAGACCUCAAGAUUGAGAACCUCUUGAUUAGUAACCAGGGCACCAUCAAGCUGUGUGACUUUGGCAGCGCCACCACAGUGUCCCAUUACCCUGACUACAGCUGGUCAGCACAGAAGAGGUCCAUGGUGGAGGAUGAGAUCACAAGGAACACCACUCCAGCGUACCGAACGCCAGAGAUGAUCGAUCUCUAUUCCAACUUCCCCAUCAAUGAUAAACAGGACAUCUGGGCCUUAGGAUGCAUCCUCUACCUGUUGUGUUUCAAGCAGCACCCGUUCGAGGAGGGAGCCAAGCUGCAAAUCGUCAACGGAAAAUACUCCAUCCCUCAGAAUGAUGUCAAGUACACUGUGUACCACAACCUCAUACGUUCCAUGUUGAAGGUGAACCCAGAGGAGCGUCUGUCUAUUACAGAGUUGGUCAACCAGCUCCAGGAGAUAGCAGCAGCACGCAACGUCAACCCCAAGUCUCCCAUUACAGAGCUGCUGGAGCAGAAUGGAGGUUUUGGCAACAAUGGAGCCCAGCCGCCCAUGCAGAUCCAAAACGUCCACAACAAUGCAGGCAUAUACGAUCCUGAUCAGUCAGGCAGUGGCCUCUUGGAUAUCUUAAGGGGAGGAACAGAGCGCUUCCUGACCAACAUAAAGGACACUUCCUCUAAGGUCAUCCAAUCAGUAGCCAGCAACCCAAGCUAUGCCAAAGGGGACCUAGAUAUUUCAUACAUCACCUCCAGAAUAGCAGUCAUGUCCUUCCCAGCAGAGGGGGUGGAGUCAGCGAUAAAGAACAACAUUGAGGACGUCCGUCUGUUUCUCGAUUCACGUCAUGCUGGCCACUAUGCUGUCUACAACCUCUCCAAACGAUCAUACAGGCCCUCUCGAUUCCACAACAGGGUUUCAGAGUGUAACUGGCAAGUGCGCCGCGCCCCCAACCUCCGCAGUCUCUACAGUGUGUGUAAGAACAUGCAUCUAUGGCUCAAACAAGACCAGAGGAACAUCUGUAUAGUACACUGUCUGGAUGGCAGGGCAGUAUCCGCGGUGGCAGUUUGCUCCUUCCUGUGUUUCUGUCGCCUUUUCACCACAGCUGAGGCGGCUGUCUACAUGUUCUCAAUGAAACGCUGCCCACCUGGCAUUGCACCCUCACACAAGAGGUAUAUAGAGUAUAUGUGCGACAUGAUGGCAGAGGAGCCCAUCGUCCCCCACAGCAAGCCCAUAAUAAUUCGCUCCAUUGUCAUGACACCCAUGCCGCUGUUUAACAAGCAGCGUAAUGGUUGCAGACCGUUUUGCGAAGUUUAUGUUGGAGACGAGAGAGUCCUCAGCACAUCACAGGAGUACGACAAGAUGAGGGAUUUUAAGAUGGAGGAUGGGAGAGCAGAGAUUCCCCUCAAUGUGACAGUCCAAGGAGAUGUACUGGUGGUGAUCUACCAUGCAAGAUCUACACUGGGAGGACGUCUACAGGCCAAGAUGGCAUCCAUGAAGAUGUUUCAGAUCCAGUUCCACACUGGCUUUGUCCCCAGAAAUGCGACCACUGUCAAGUUUGCCAAGUAUGACUUGGAUGCCUGUGACAUCCAGGAGAAGUACCCAGACUUGUUCCAGGUCAACUUGGACAUCGAGGUGGAAUCCAGAGACAGACCCAGCACCAAGACCCCUCCUUGGGAGGGCUUCCAAACCAAGGGCCUCAAUCCCAAAAUCCUUUUCUCCUCUCGUGAUGAACAGCAGGAAAUCCUCAGCAAAUUUGGUAAGCCUGAGCUGCCUCGUCAACCAGGUUCCUCAGCAUUUUAUGACUCAGAGUCUCCCCAGCCGGCUCAGACCCCAGAAGCCUCUAAUGCAGCCGAACUGGAAUCUCCUGUGAGCACCGAUAGCAACGCCAACAACUUCUUCCAGACACUGGAUUGGGAAGAUGUGAGUGGCGCUCAGGAUGCCUCAGACAGUCAAGGAGGGGGAUCCAUGAAUGACCAGGAGGACCUGAGUGAUCAAUCAGAUGGAGAGUCAUACUCAUAUUCUGCCCCGGGCGGGGAGCCGCUGUCACGUGACCCCAGCGAACCACUGUUUGAUGCAGACUUCCAGAGCCCCCUCCCUGCAGCCCAGGAAUCUCCUAUCGAUGACACAGCAGACCUCUUAGGGUUGAACUCUGACCCUUCCAUGUCCUCGUCCUCUGCUCCUCAUCAAGUAGUCCAGGGCGGAAUGAAAGCUGCAUCCAGCAACAGCGACCUCCUCAACGACCUGUUUGCACCCCCUGCUGGUCAGACAGGAGGAGUGCAGGAAGACUUGUUCUUCAGUGGGGGGGCCACAACAGACUCAAAAUCCAUGGACGACCUGUUUGAUCCGUUUGGGAUGGUGUCUGGCUCGGCUGUUGGCCCCACUGUGGGUUCGUCUCGGCAGGCUUCUGGGCCGGACCCUUUUGGAGUCUUGUUAGGCUCUGAAAGUUCAACUCACGUUAACCCCACUCCUGCUUCAAACACAAGCCUCUUCAACCUCAAUAAACCAGUGAAUGAUGCCCCUAAAAUGACAUCAUCAGCCAGCCAACCAGACCUGCUGGGUGGGUGGGACAGCUGGGCAGCUAGCACCACCACUAACAUGAGCGCCACCACCAGCAAACCCAACUAUACCAACACAGCUUCUGGUGGGGCAUCUAUGUCGAAGGCCAAGUCUCAGACCUUUGAUCCUUUUGCCGACCUAGGAAACCUGGGCUCCAAUUUACCAGUUUCCUCCAGCAGUAAUCUUUCCGGGCCUGCUUUGAGUGCAAAGGCUCCUUCCUCCUCCACUUCCUCAUCUGCUAAGCCUCAAGCCCAGCCCUGGCAGUCUGGAAGACCCACCUCAGCCCAGAAUAAACCUUGGAUGUCUGGAUCAGGACCUGGUUCCAAAGCAUCCUCAGCCUCUCAGCCUGCAGGCACACAGUCCACCAAACCCAACUACAACCUCAACUUCUCUAGUGUCAUUGGUGGGAGAGAGGACAGAGGCGUUCGUGGACCUGGAUUUGGCCCCAAGCCGAAGGUAAAGGAGGAUGAUUUUGAGGACCUACUGUCAACUCAGGGUUUUGCCUCUAGGCCUGAUAGAAAGGGACCAAGGACCAUCGCUGAAAUGAGGAGACAGGAGCUCACAAAAGAAAUUGAUCCACUUAAAUUACAGAUCUUGGACUGGAUCGAGGGGAAGGAGCGGAACAUCCGAGCGCUGCUGUCGACUCUAAACACUGUGCUGUGGGAGGGUGAAACCCGCUGGAGGCCUGUGGGCAUGGCUGACUUGGUGACGCCUGACCAGGUGAAGAAGUACUACAGGAAGGCUGUCCUGAUUGUCCAUCCAGAUAAGACAACAGGCCAGCCUUAUGAACAUUACGCUAAGAUGAUCUUCAUUGAAUUGAACGACGCCUGGUCAGAGUUCGAGAACCAGGGAUCCAAAGCACUCUUCUAAAACCCUGGAUCCCAGCUAGACCAGGCCAGGCCAGACUAGACUGGAUUUGGCCUAACAAGGUUUAGACUGGGCCAGAUUGGACAGGACUGAGCCCACAUUGGGCCUUAGGGGGCGCAGAGCCUCUGAGAGGUGUCUCUCUACCAUUCCCUUCACUCCCUUCUACCUUCUUUACUUUCUUCUGUUUCUACAGUCAAGGAAAAAGACCUUUCGCCUCGUGUCGGCCUGUAGGGAAAAUUUUCUCACUGGUUCAACAGCCAGUAAAAGAAACAUUGUGAUAGUUCUUAAACUCACUGCCUACCUGCACGACUGCCUGAGUGGUGCUGCAAACAUCCGGAGGGAAGAAUGGGUGACAAUCACACGAAGAAGACAAAAUGGAAAAGAACAUCCGAUAAUACAAAGACUUUUAAAACGACCAAGCUGAUUAUCAUGAAAGUGGUAUUCAGAUAAAAGAUUUAAUCACCCCACACUAAUAAAAUGCUGGUAUAUGUUAGCUGUGGCUAGUAAGUUUGUCAUUUGUGCCUGGCACUUUUGGAAACAACCCGUAAUUCCGCUGACUGGUACACACACACACAAAAACAUGGCUGCACAUUUUUCAGCAUGCCAGUCAACAUGAAAGUGUUGUCUUUAAGCUUUGUUGCCUCAGAAAAAUAGCGAAUGUUGCUGAUGAAUCUUGGAACAAACCAGCCACAGCCACCAAUGGACCAAAUAAAAAAAAGUUUUAUCCUGUCUCUAAUGCAGAAGCAGGAUUAAAGUCUCCUCCGGAUUUUUGAAACAAGAUAGAUCUGUUGAUAGUACCCAGUAAUACUUUGUAUUGUGUUCCUGCUGCAUCUUUUGGAGUCAACAGUUGGUUGGGUUUGCUGUUGAGCCAUUUUCUCUCCAGAAAGACCAGACUUUUGCCUGCUGAACACUACUAGUGCUGCUUCUACCAUUACAGUUACUGCUACACACACACUCCUCAGAUGUUCUGACAGAGGAGCUGAACUUGUUUUGGAGCCCCAUAUAAACCUAAGCGGGCAGUCGUGUUGUUUUUGAAGUGCUCUUUUAACUCCACCCACUCAGGCUAUACUGUGUAGGUAACUGCAUGCUCUCCCACACCAAACUUUCAAAGAGGAGGUAGGUGUGUUUGAUUUGAAACCAGGGUAGUCCUAACGGGCGGAGGCUCUUUCAUUGAAGUGCUAUUUUUCUUGUAGCAGAAACGGAGAAGAGUCUAGCUGCCUGAUGACGCUGAGUGGCAGACUACUUGCCUUCCCAGCACUCACACUGCUCAAUGCAUUUGAGCAUCUCCAUCAUCACUGUCAUUCUUAACCCCUCUCUUUGUCUCUGUAAGCCCCACCCACCUCCAGCACUUAGUUCAGUGGACAUUUUUUUGUCAGUGAAUAGGACGAGAUCAAAAAGUGAAGGAAUGAAAAGAGAAUCUGGUGAUUUAAUCUGGUUGCUCUUGGUUUUUACGCUUUCUUGUAUUUGUUGGGGGUUCAUUGUCAGUUAAUCAUCACUUCAGUGUAAAUAUAAACAUAUUAUCAUCCAUCAAGUGGCUUGGUUAAGAUUACAGCCGGGACAAUUGAUGUUAUUGAGGGGUGUGUGUGUGUGUGUGUGUGUGUGUGUGUGUGUGUGUGUGUAAGUCAGUAUGCGUGUGUGUUUCUUUCUGGGGGAAGAUAAUGAAACCUUGUUGGACAUCAUGCUUUCUUGUCUGUAAUCACAAUCUUUUUUUCAGCCUCUCCCACACUUUUGUUUUUGUGGAUGUUUGUCUUUUCUAAAAAAAAAAAAAAAAAAAAAUCUUUCCAACUUUUGCUUGCUCUUUUUCCCCCCUUUUAUUUUACAUUUUACCUCAUGGACCAAUCAAAUCAACUGUUUUCUUAUUUAUUAUUGUUUUUUUUUGUGAGGGUUUGGGGGUUAUAAUGACAUUUAUUCAUACAUAUUGAUGACACAAGUGAACAUUUCAGAUAAUAUAUAAGUGGAAUGUGCUGAGUGCAAAUGGGGCGGUUGUUGGUUGAUCACAGUGAGCCUCUUUGUUGCCGUUUUCAUUCCAAAGCAUUUAUUAUUAAUACGAAUGUGGUUUUACAAAUAUAUAUAUCCUCUCUGUUGUUAAGCGGUAUGUGUUUAUCAUUUGUCGGUUCGGUCUGUCUUUUUGUCGUUACCUUUUGGUUUUCUUAUUUCCUCUUCUGUUUUGCAUUUUGUUAAAAUUCCAACACGAGGGGCCAGUAAUCCUAAGUAAGAAAAAAAAUAAAUGGGCUGAUGCUUGAAAUUCAGUUUAAAUAGUCUUUGACAGUAUCCUAGCAUAAAGAGAGGGAAUAGCAGAACCACACAUCGGCAGUGUUUACUGUACCAAAUUACAUUAUACUAAUAUGAAUGUAGAUUUCAAUGCAAAAGCAAAUAAUUAAAAGAACCUUUUGAUUUGAGGCAAA